AUGCCGCAGUCAUUCCACAGUGACAACAAACCGGUGUUGGUCGACAUGGGACCAACUGAGAUCGAAGGCAAGCAGGGCCUCAUGGACGAUGGAAAUGGCUUUAUCGAUGAGAACCUGCCCAUUGCCUAUCCUGCUUGGAGACGGGACCCACUUCGAAGAACCCGCUGUAGGUGGAAUCCCGUGAAGCUCGUAGCCACAAUUGGCUGGAUUGGCCUGAUAAGCUACGGCCUCAUCAAAUUCGUCGAAAACAAGUCGGACGAACCACGUACCCCACACCCGCAAGCGCCUGCCUUCUGUGACUCGCCGCAAUGUAUUCAUGCAGCAUCGGAGAUCCUGAACAACCUCGAUCCUAACCACGCAGACAUUGAUCCUUGCACCAACUUCGAUCAGUAUGUCUGCGGUGGGUGGCGCCAGUUGCAUGACAUGCGCUCCGACCAAGGCUCCAUAUUUGCCGGCACGAUCAUGGCAGAGAACUCCCAGACCAAACUCCGUCAUAUUCUUGAGCAAGCGGACGCUUCUGAUCCAUCUGAUGCUAAGAACUUCAAGAAGCUCAAGACCGCUUAUGAUGCUUGUUUGGACGAAUCGACCGUCAGAAGUCGCGGUAGCAAACCCUUGGAUGAGAUGCUAGCUGGGCUGCAGAGUAUCUAUCCUACCAAAGGUGGGCUUGUUUCCGGUACUCAGGAUCAUCUCACUAGUGCGAUCCUCUAUCUCAUGAAAUCUGGUGUUAAUGCUUUGGUAUCCUCGGGUGUCACUCCUGAUGAUCGGGACCCGGACAAUGUGGUGAUCAUGGUGACACCGCCUCGUGAAAUUGGUCUCCCAGCGAUCGAGUACUAUAACAACACAGAGCUGGUGGCUCAAUAUACUACGGUCCUAAAGGAAGUGCUUCAAGGGUUCUCAGGGAGUGAUAAGAUUGCAGAAAACAUCGUGGCUUUUGAAACAAAGCUUGCGAACGUGACACCAGAUACGGCCACCCAGGAAGAUGUCACAAAGUACUAUAACCCACGCAGCAUCAAGGAAACCGAUUCAAUGAUUCCCGAGAUCUCGUUUGCGGAUAUCCUUUCAGAAUUGGCACCUCAUGACUACAAAGGCGAUCGCCUGAUUGUGGGGUCGCCCUCAUACAUGAAGGCAUUGUCUGAAAUAUUGAACGAUGCAUCCCGUGAGACGGUAUCUUUCUUCCUGCAAUGGAAAGCCAUUCAGGCAUAUGCCGACAAGAUUGAGGAUGACAAGGUGGCUCCCUUGCGACGAUUCAAGAACACGCUCGAAGGCAAAGAUCCGCAGGCAACCCAGGAGCGAUGGCGCAAGUGCAUUCAAACUCUCGAUGAGGGCCUUGGCUGGAGCCUGAGUCGGUUCUACGUAAUGGACUCGUUCCCCGAGUCAUCGAAGAAGCUCGGUGACCAGAUCGUUUCGGACAUCAAGGAACGUUUUGUCUUCACACUGGAUCAGACUGAAUGGAUGUCUCCGGAUGUCCGGAAGCUGGGUAUCCAGAAAGUGGGGAACAUCAUUCAAAAGAUUGGAUAUCCCACCAAAAGCCCCAAUGUGAUGGAUCCAGAGGACAUCGAGAAGUACUACCGCGAGCUGGAUGUGUCCGAGAAUUCUUUCUUCGAGAACCAAGUGGCUGUGGCCAAGUUUGACCUUCACAACGAAUGGUCCAAGCUGGGCAAGCCAACAGACCGCGACGAAUGGGACAUGUCGGCACCUACAGUCAAUGCCUAUUAUAACCCUCCAGGAAAUGAGAUCGUAUUCCCUGCAGGCAUCAUGCAGCCGCCGACGUUUUAUGGACCUUCUGCCCCGCUGUAUCUGGCAUAUGGUGCAUUUGGUGCAGUCAGCGGCCAUGAACUAUCUCACGCUUUUGAUUCUACGGGUCGCCACUAUGAUGAAACCGGAAAUUAUACGAACUGGUGGGAUGAGAAGACUGUCGAGGCCUUUGAGGAGCGAGCUCAGUGCUUCGUUGACCAGUAUUCGGAUUUCACUGUCGAGGGCCCUGGAGAUAAGAUUCUCCACGUCAAUGGACGUCUGACGCUCGGCGAAAACAUUGCCGAUGCCGGUGGCCUGACCGCUUCAUUCCAUGCUUGGAAGAAGCACGAUGAGGCUAAGCCUGAUCUUCACCUCCCGGGUCUAGACUCAUUCAGCAAAGAGCAGUUAUUCUUCAUCUCAUACGCAAACUGGUGGUGUGGGAAGACUACCAAGGAGGCAGCGGAGAAGGGCAUCUAUACCGACCCACAUGCGCCCAAAUCGGCGCGAAUCAUUGAAACUAUGGCGAACUCUCGAGAGUUCAAGGAUGCAUUCAAGUGCCCGGACAAGAAGCCAGUUUGCAAGCUCUGGUAG